GACCCCGUCCUUCCGGGUGUGGGUGUGGCUUACACAGAUAAUGGCGAAGGAGCUACAGGCGUUAGCGUCCUGAGAGAAUAGUUGCAGCCAGAAACGGGUCAACACUCCUCCGCUGGUCCCCUGGUCGCUGCCGGUGGCUGGUAUGCUGUGGCAGGAUGGGAAACCUGUUUGGAAAGAAGAAACAAACCCGAGUGACGGAACAAGACAAAGCGAUUUUACAACUGAAACAGCAAAGAGAUAAACUGAGGCAGUAUCAGAAGAGGAUCAACCUGCAGCUGGAGAAGGAGAGACUUUUAGCCAAGCAGCUGCUGAAGGAUGGAAAGAAAGACAAAGCUCUCCUCCUCCUGAAGAAGAAGCGCUACCAGGAUCAACUCCUGGACAAGACCGAGAACCAGAUAAGCAACCUGGAGCGCAUGGUUCAGGACCUGGAGUUCGCUCAGAUCGAGAGGAAAGUCAUCGAUGGGCUGAAGGUUGGAAAUGAAUGUCUGAAGAAAAUGCACGAGGUGAUGUCGAUUGAAGAAGUCGAACGGAUCAUGGAUGAAACUCAAGACUCCAUCGAGUACCAAAGGCAAAUAGACGAGAUGUUGGCCGGCUCCUUGUCCCAGGAGGACGAAGACGCUGUCCUGGCUGAGCUGGAGGCCAUCACUCAGGGAGACGUGGAGCUUCCUGAGGUUCCUGAGGACGAGCUGCCAGACGUCCCGUUGGCCGUCGACGAGAAGCCAGAGCGGGAUCGUCCCAGGAAGAAGCCGGAGCGGGAGAUGCUCGCCGCGUAGCCGCACGUCCCGACGUCGCCCGCUCGAGACGCUCGCCGCUGAAGAAACUUCACCACUCCACAACAGACAGCACCGACCAUCAGCCGGAGAUCUCUGCGCUUCAGCGGCCGGCCGCACAGAUUCCCGGGCUCCCCUCAGGACGUCCCGGCCGAAGGGCCGUCCGGAUCACGGCGGCCCCUCCACACAUCGAACCAUGAAGACCUGUGAGAUCAGAUACUUGUGCCUAACCUUAGCCUGAUUAGUGUUCUCGCCCCGUGCCUGCAUGUUCACGGAGCUCAUUUUUAACUCGUUGCCUCAAGGGUCACGUCACCCAAAUUACAAGACUUGAGUUUUAUUGGGUCGUACUGUGGUUUUAUUGCUCAACACACGAGGUGAAUCCGGUUUAAAUGAAAAGUGAAAUAGAAAAGCUGCAGCAGAACAAACGUUAACAAACUCAGCUUUUAGUCUGUGGGUUGAACGGACGGUCGAUGUCGACCUGGAGCUACAGCAGCAGCUUCUAGUUUCUUCAUCUGCGUCCAGCCGGUAGAAACCAGAUCAUUGUCCCUUCUCUUCAGAUUCAGAUUUAAUCGCCUCUGACCGCAGCACAUCUCCUCUCUUUUAUAUUUAUCUUUCAGAUUUUGGUUUCUCUGAGGUUUUUCCCUUAUCUUUGCAUAAUCAGAAGACAUCAGAUUUUCCCCCUUUUUUUUUAACUGUUUAAUUAUAAUAACAUAAUAAAAAGACUAUUGACAAGAAA